GAAAAAUUUAGGGUAAACAAAAUGAUGAAGUUCAGGUAGAUGAGAUGAGAAUCGCCAGCAACUUGUCUUGUCUAGGUAAAAAUCGAAUUCUUGGUGGCACGCGGGGAAUGUCUUCGGUGCGAAAACAGGUUUUUAUUUUCGCCAAAUCGAUUUCAGCUUAAUUGACUGGCAUUGAUUGUUAUUAAUCAGCAGCACGGACAACAAAAACAACAGCAAAAUCAGAUAAUCAUUUGCAUUGCAAUAUUAGUUGUUUUUAUUGUUGGGGCUUUCAAUGUCUGCUAAUGCGCGAAACUUGUUUAGAGUCGUGUUUUUGUUGUCGGAUUGCCACAAAGUGUCUGAACAUAGAGUAUUUCGAGAGAUGAUGCCAGGCUUUAAUAGUUUUCUGCCAAAACGCAGUGGAUUGAAACGAAUCGUAAUAUAUAAUAAACUAAAUGCAUUUGCAAAAUGCCUGACAGCUAUUGCAAAACUGGAUUUAAUCAGUUUAUUUAGACUUAAGGUAGACAAAAGGAGAAUUAUUUUGGAGAAAUUACCUAAGCUUACCUGGAAAACAAAAUCACCCACAAAAUUUAGUUUCCAUAAUCAGAGGCACAGAAAGCAUGUCGGAAGAAAGUUCUCAGAGCGAAAGUGGAAGUGGGAGUGGAAGUGAGAGUGAGGAGGGGCCGGAAACGGAUGUGGAGCUGGCCAGGAACAGAACCUCCUCUACGGACGAUCUGAAGAGCAACGAUUGGCUGAGCCUGCACCACUUUGCACCCGGCGCCGAAGAACCACUGCUCAGCGUCUUCUCGCGCUUUUGCUCAGUGUAUUCGUAUCGCCAGCGGAAGAAGGGUCUGGAGCUGCAAUUCACCUCCGCGGAGCACCUGCAAUCCGGUAUCCUGAUGGCCAAGCGCUUGGUGGUCGGUAGGAUGCAGCUACGCUGGCAUGUAGGUCGCCUCAACCAGGAUCCCGGAUCUGCUCCUUCUCAAAAUACCCGGAGCCAAGCCGGCGAACUUGGUGUCUUCGGAAAAUUGCGAAGGGCAUUUGUCAACUACUUUAAGUAGUAACAGUUCUGUUUGAAAAACUUUCCAUACUUGUGUUACUUGUUAGUUAUUUUAAUUUAAAUUUAAAUGCCACGCAAAGACAAUAAAUAUGAACAUUCCAAGCUUGUGAUUUU